UGGUCAAGAACAAUGUCGCAUCGUUUCUUUUGACCUAUGCUUCUCCCAUACCUAAUACAACUUCUUUCAAAUACGUAUUUACGCAAUAAACAAGUACGUUCAACAGCUUCAAAUAAAAUCGGACUUUCUCAGUAAUUACCUAUUCUUUCAUGGAGUAUUCAGAGGAAGGAUGGUUUGACCAGGCUGAUCGUUUUCCUCCAAGAUUACUAGCUAUUUUUUUUGCAAUUUUUGAUCCUCUUCAAGGACCCGUGGUCGCCUGUGAAGCUCCAUCUGGUUCUGUCUCUUAUCAAGAUGGUGGAAAAAGCCUAUUAAUUCCUUUUGAAAAUAUAUCUGACUAUGUCAUUCCCAAACGCGAACUUUGCAACAAGACUAUUACUGUUUGUACAAACCAUUACCAAGUGAUUGGUCACCCUAUUUCAAUUCUAGGAAGUAUAUACGAAAGGAAUACACUUAUUUUUAACAUGUGCAUGGUCUUUCACGAAGAAGAGGACUCGGCAUGCUAUAUACCGUUGGUGAAACGACUGGCACGUAACUUGGAGGUCCUUGAAAAGCAAAGCCAUUAUAUCUCCGAUGCAAAAAAACGUUCAGUCAUAUUCAGUAUCAUUGAGGAAAUUUUCGAAGACAUGAAUAACUUUUGUGAAUGUAUGAUUCAGUUGGAUGAUCAAAACUCUAUCAAUAUCAAACUAUUUCCUAGCUUUCCUUCACCUCCAGCUGUUAAGGGUUUUCAUGUCCCUAUUUUGACUGCUCAAUUGGAUUUACUUAUGGAUAAAAAUUGGGAUAUGACUGUACAAAAAGUAUAUCCUUUUAUUAAUGGAAUUAACUCAGUCCAAAGAAUAGCAGAAUUAGCAAAUGUUGAUUACAGCAGUUGUCUGAGAUGCAUGGAGCAUUUUCUUUACUAUGGAUGUCUUAUCAUUGCUGACAUUUUUCAAUUUCAUAACAUAUAUGCCAUGACUACGAAUGCGGCGGACUUGUUGCAAGAUCCUGUUUUCCAAGAGGAGUGCGUUUCUUAUGUUUCUUUUCAAGGUUCAUCUUCAAAAAACGUGACUUUUGCUACUAUAUUUAGGCUAUACUGUUCCCUUAGACAAGGUCUUCGCGUUAAAGACUGGAUGAACGAGAACCGUGAAGUUUUCCGUGGAUUAGAUGUUCGCAGGUUAAUUUCUUUUGGCACCAUUAAAGGGCUCAUAUACCGUGUUCAUAAAUAUCCUUAUCUUGAGCGUAAGAAUACUCAUAAAAAAAUAACACUCGAAGAGGAAAGACUACUCAAUAUGCUUGACGGGACACAUCACUUUGAUGAAUUGUGUAUUAACUUCAAAAAGUCUCCUAAAGUCAUAAACGAAAUGAUUUCAAAGCUAGGAGAUGCUUUAUUUAUCUAUCGUUAACAUGUACUCGUCCAUUAUGAGCAAGAUACUUUUAAUUAACUAUAGUAUUUGAAGAACAUAAAGAUUUUGGCUCCCACCUGCCCUACCUUCCAAAUUCACUUUUUUGUUCCCCACAGACAAAAAGCUCACUUGUACUACUUGCCAUAAAAAGAGUAAUGUGAGCAAUCAGGUUCUUCUCUGGCUCUUGAUAUUGAUGAAUUCUGUAUAUGACAUAAAUUAUAUUUUAUAUAUUCAUUCUACACGUUUAAGCAUUUGCUUGAAACUUUAAGCUUCUAGCAGAUAGAUGAAGUGUUUAUAUAUUUUUUCUCAAUAAUUAAUAAACUACUCGUAAUACAUAACUUCAUAGAGACACUUGAUAAACCAUAAAAUCUUUAUAUUCG